AUGCAGCAAAUUAUUCAGAUGACAGCAGAAGCCAUCAGGGACUCAGUUACUGGAAUUGUUCACUCCUUCAACCAAUUUUCUCCACCCACUAUGAGCAGACCAACUCUGCUGCCCACCUGCACCUGUGUGGCUUUCUGCAGCAUUCUCUUCCUCACCUUGGUCACAGGAUGUCGAGCUUUCCCACAGGUGGAAAGGAGGGAAACAGCACAUGCCUAUGCAGAGAAGGAGCAGCCCCAGAAGUUGAACACAGAUGACCAAGAAAACAUCUCCUUUGCUCCAAAGUACACACCCCAGCAGAUGUCCUCUGAUGCUCCCAUGGGACUCUCCGCAGGACCGUCAGUGACACCAUUACAUAAAGUAUUCUCUGUGAGCAGGGAGAGUCACCUUCCCGGAGCUGGGCUACUGUAUCCUACCAGCCCUGGUGUUUACUCUUCUAGUGAGCAAGUGGUUUCAACCAGUGAACAAGAGCAUGGCCCCAGGCAGCUUGAAAGAAUGUCUCCUGAGCACAGCCUUCCCACGUCCAUGUUAACUGUUGCUGUAUCUUCUUCAUCUGCUUCUCUGAAUCCUGACCAGGACGAACCCUACAGCAGUUCGAGCACCCAGUCCAUGGUACAAGGGAUCACAGAUGGGGCCCAUGGUUUCCUGGAGUAUUUAGAUAACCAGCUGUUUGCAACUGAAAGUCAGGAAGCAGUUAGCUUAGGAAAUUCACCUCCUUCUUCUAUAAGUACCAAAGACACUGAGAACAUCAAAGCAGAUGCAGCCAUGAGAACUACUGCCUUUCCUCAUGAUGAUUCCACAGGAGAGAUGAAGCCUGAUAGGGAGAGACCCUCAGAUAUGGUGGUUGACAAUGUCGAGAGCAAUACCCCCAAGUAUUUGGUGACACUCCCCAAGAAUGUCCUGACUAUUGAGCCAACAGCUGACAGUGUUUUGGGAAACCCUAAGGUCACAGUGAGUGUCAGUAUACCUGACCCAGUUUCUUCUGUCUUCAGCGAGGAGUGGGAUGACACCAAAUUUGAGCGCGUAAGUCGAGGGAGGCCCCCAGAGUCAGGAGACAAUGCAGAGACUCAAGUGAGAACAGAGCAACCACAUGGAAACUCUGAGAGCUUUGAGGGGACUGAGGAGAGCCCCACUUCCACAGAGGUUGCAAAGGUGGCUCCAGGGCCCCUGUGAGGAGAAACACCCUUGGGAACAGCCCUGGAAACUGCACUGGGGGAUGAUAGGUCACCAGUCUUGAUCCAUAAAAUUUCCUUCACUCCCAUGAGUCUGGUAGAAGACCCUGAGAUUUCCACUAUGAAGCUGUUCUCAAGUGCAGGAGGCUUCACAGCUUCUACGCAGUGGGACAGGACUGAGCUUUCCUCAGAGACUGCAAUCUCUACCUCUCAGUGUGUGUCUGUACCACAGCAGGCAGCAAGAAAUGUGUUAAAAGAUAUGAUGAUGGUAACUCAAGCAAUGAACAUUACAUUACCCAUGGUCACACAGGAGCAUAUGGCCACCACUGAGGUUCCCAGAGGCAGUGGAGAGCCUGAAGAGGCCAUGCCAUCCCUCUACCCUGUGUCUGCUGAAGUGGGUGAUGCUGAGCUCUCCAGACGAUGGGAGUCUCUGGCCACUCCAGCCUCCACCACCGUUGUCCCUCUGUUUCUCCAACUUACUUCAUCCAUGGAAGACUUAAUGGAUGCAAUUACCGGGACAAGUGAGGAGUUCAUACAAAUUUUGGACUGUACAAUAGCAGCCCCUGCAAUGACGGCAGAUGAUCUCCAAAUUCACCCAGCACUUCUUUCAAAAGGAAGAACUGUUCAGUCCAAUCAGCCCUGCAAAGUCAACUGCCUCCUCUAG